AUGGCCGACAGUACCGGCCGCAAACCAAGUCUCACGAGCCGCUUAGCUCGGGCUUUCAAAUCCAAGUCAUCUGGAGAGAAACUGAGAAAGAAAUCAUGGGGUGGUCCGGAGACAAGAAAACCCUCCAUCUCGCCAACGACCGCUACCCAAACUGGACGUCGUAGCAUGGGAAGUGCUAUGAGACCAGAUACAGACUAUUAUACGGAUCAAAUAGAUAUUCAAACGGGAGAACGAAGAGAUGAUACAGAGCUUUUACACAGUUUAGCUCAUACUGGCUCAUUCGAUUCUCUCAAUCAGGCAUUCAAAGAACAUGUUUGGCAUAAAGACUCGCCAAGGGGGAACGAGCUAUUCAGUCAAUUACCUCAAAAUGUCUGGGAGAUAUUCGUAUCUCACCUCACUCUCCCAGCAGCCGCAAGUCUAGCAUUGACGUGCAAAGUCAUUCAAACACGACUAGGCUCAGACAUCUUCACAAUCCUCAACCAACCCUUACAUCGGGAAGACAAAAUAUCCUUCCUCCUCCUCCUCGACAGCACCCUACCAAAGCACCUCCUCUGCUAUCAAUGCACAACCUACCAUCGCCGCACCCAAAUAGGCCACGAGAAGCUCAAAGCGACAUCCAUCCCAAACCCCCUCUACCACUGCCCUCUCGCCAACGAACCAACACCCAUCCCCCUCAACCACCGUCUAAUACCCUCCCACCGCCUCCCCUUCCCUUUCACCCAACUCGUCAUCCGCGGCCAAAGAUACGGUCCUAGCUACGGCAUCCCCGCCGACGCCCUCUCCCGCCGCCACCGCCCUUCCUCCUCACCAUGGACACACACCCUCUCCUACAGCAUCAAUUCGGGGCAUCUCCUCCUCCGCUCUACUUCCUCCGCCUUCGCCGCCCCGGGCCUCCCUCCAAGCGGUCAACGCAACCUCCUCUACUGCCCCGCCGAAGACUACACGCCAUAUUUCAGCGUGUGCGCACACUGGCGCGACGGCCUCCUCAUGUCCCUCUGCAAAUGCGCACUCUCGCACAUCCCCAUCCCGCCUCCCCCAAUAACCACACAACUGCACGCCGGUCCCGCCAUCACGCUUCCGAAACCCGCGGGCACAAUCGUGACGCUCUGUUCGAACUGCCGCCCUAUGCGACGCUGUCCAGACUGCCCCUCAGAAUACCUAAUCGAGCUGCGCUUCACCGAGGAUCGCGCCGAGCCCGUCCCGAGUAUGCGGUUUAAACAGGCGAUCAGCGUUACCCGCUGGGCGGAUCUAGGCGAUGGAAGUACGCCGGUGGGCAGGGAGUGGGCGGCGAUUAAUGGGACGGGGGAGGCGUAUGAGAGUUUUGAACAUGUGGGGAAGAGGGGGAUUAGUGGGGUUUUUGAGCAGCGGAAUGGGGUUACGUUGCCGGGACAGAGGAUGUUGAGUUUGAAUCCGAAGGGGGAGCGGUUGGGUGAGGAGGGGGAUGGGUGGUAUUGA